AUGAAGUUCUUUGCCAUCCUCUUCCUUCUGUGCGGCAUCGUAGGAUUUGCUUUGGCCGCAUCUUCCACAACGGAGACUGACAGUUUUUAUGGCAGCACUACCUCUACCUCUUCACCUGUCCCAGCUCCUUCCGCGCCGAACCCUUCUGCGUGUGGACCUAACGCACUUGGCGGCAAAAAACUAUACUUCUUUUACUAAAUAAGUGUUAAGCGUAUGCCGGGAAAAUAAUAAGUU